AUGAGCGACUGGCGACAUUCCAUAGUCGACCUCACCUACGAUGAUGACGAUGCGGAAAGCGACGAGGGCCCGCUGUCCUCGUUGCCCUUGGCGACUCCCACACCGACUCACCCUCACUCACUCACCUCCAUGAGCGCGCCCUUGCCUCAACCACCUUCAUCGCGACCACCUCCUUCCACGACGCGACCCGCACCUGCAUACGCAACCCCAUAUCCUCCGCUACCCGGAAGCAUGCCGAAAGCGACAGACACGGCGAGUAUGGGACGCCUUGGCCUGGCGCCCAACACUUACGUGCCGGUCCCCGGGCAGUCAACUAAUGGGGCAGGCGACUCGCGGGCUGCCAAAAGGAUCAAGACAUCUGAAGGCGCUUCCAAACCGCCAACGCCACCUGUGAAGAAACCGACCACAAGCAGAGGGAUUCCGCCAGCAGCGCAAGCCGCCACUCUAGGCAAGUACAAGCUUAAUGCUUGGGCAACGGAAUCCCGUGUAGCAGUACCUCCUCCAACUGCUACUUCGAAGCCGAGCGCUGGCAAUGCGAACAAAGCUCCAUCCGUCCAAGAUAUCAACAAGGCGCUCAAGACAAACGGUACGCCUAUGCUAGACGGAGUCAGGACGAGCAGUCCACGCGCACUCCAUAUCGGUCGCCGGCCAGGUAGCAGCUCAGGCCCGGUCAAGCCAGCACCACCGACACGAGAGACGCCGCGAACGUCACAGGCACCGGCCAUUCGACAACAACAAUCCCGUGAUGCGACCACGUACAACGGAGCAAGUGCGGGCAUGCCAACCAGAGGCCCAGGAAGACCGUACAGUCGCCCUGCGCCAGGUGCAGGCCACGUCCCGUCAAGGCCAAACUACUUCGCGGGUCCUGCCAAAGAGCAGAUUUCAGACGACGGGGAUAGUGUCAUGUCCGAUGUCUCGUCUUCAGCAGACUCUGUACCGCAACAGCCAUCAGACAAGGUAAAGAGCGGACAUGCCCAACCCGGUCUCGGACCAGCAGUCGCUGCAUUCCACUCAUCCACCCUCCCAAAGGGCGCGGAUGUACCUGCACUGCCACCCUCCACUGGACGAAAGAAAGCAAUGAACCCGUUCGAUACGGCACAAGAUAACUACCUCGUCUUUCUUAAAGAGGUCAAGCAGUUCUCAUGGGCACAGAUAACAGCAGAGUUUAAUCACGACAUGCCAAACCGCCCAUACGCAGCACUCCAGUCUCGUUAUUCGACCUUUCUCAAUAAGAGAGACCGGUCUCAGGACCCCUCCACCUUAAUCCUGCCCCCUCGGUGGGCCGCAGAGGCGAAUAUUGAUUGGAAUCUCGUUCGUAGUACCAGCGCGCCAUCAAGAGGGCCAAGGAACAAUCUGUCGACUUCGCAAGCUCACCAACCUAAACGCCAGGAACAGGCUGUGCCCAGACACCUACCAAUUCAACCGACCAUUGAACACGACUACUCCUCAGGAGGAGACUCUGCACCUCGGCGAGAGCGAUCGCGCCGGACACAGCGAGUCAAUUACACAUGGCCGAAGCAGCGGGGUAUUCCGGGAGCUGGGAUCGAAGAGGAGUUCAUGGAAGACAACUACGAAGCCUUCGCGGACGAUUUUGGUCACGCUCGGUCAGAGACGUCUCCAGAGGACGACAUUCCUCUGCCUAGUAAGGCGAUCGCCGUCGACAACGAGCCGGUAGACGUUCAGUAUGAUGCCGAUGAUGCCGAAGUUGGACUGAGUUUACGUUCACGUAAGAAACCGCGCAAGAACACUACCGAGAAAGUGCCAUAUCUCAGCACAUCGCAACGUUUGUCGAUGCAGAGUCCACCUGCCGGAGACUGGGACCAGCUGUCUAGUCGCGAUUGGCAAGGAACUCUAGUACAUGUCGACUUUAGCCAAGACGAGAUCGCUUCGGUAGAGAAGGCUAUCGCAUUGACAAGAAGAACCACACCCACGAUAUCACGGCACCGCACAAAAGGAAGGCAGCUGCGCGAACACUUGACAACUUUUACAGAACCGCAAAUCCUUCGACUGAUCGAGGACCUCCUUCAUCGUUUGCCCUGCCGCGAUCGGAGCAGCAUCCAAGCCUUUAUACAAGAUGCACUAGCCGGCGAUGUUGCAGAGGUACCCCAAAUACAGAGGCUUGCGGCUGCGCGACCUGACACAGAGAUGCAAUCAACCCAGAAGCAGUCCACAGCAUCGAUCAUCCGUCAACGCGAGCUAGGCCUCCAAUCCAGAAGAGGCUGGCAUGGUGCGUCAAAUCCGCUUACCUACCAGGUCAAGAACAAGUAUAUGGAUACCAUGGGACCGGCAGCCUGCUGGACGGGUGCAUCAAGCGACAUCCACACUGUUGCAUGGGCGCCGGAUGGUGAGCACUUUGCUGCUGGUUCUGUCGCUGUUGACGAUCCAGACUCUAUGCAAUACAAUCGACCCAACAACCUCCUCUUCGGGAGUGCCGUGGAUGGCACAAUCCAUGAAUUGGCAGAGCACUACAAGAUUCGCGAGAAGACCGAGACCGGCGCUAACUCAAGCCAUGCCACGUUCGCCUCCCAAGACCCAAAGCUUUACACUACAGUCAGCUCGGUAGCUUUCUCGAAUAGCAGCCCAUACAUGUAUUCGUCAGGCUAUGAUGGGCACAUAUGUAUCUGGAAAACAGAUACAGAGGCAACACAGCCUACCCUAGCCGCCAAGCUGAACGUGAAAGAUUCAAUCGAUAUCUUGUCAGUCAACCGUAUACACUCUGGCGUUAUAGCAACGGCAGCGAAGGUCAAUAAGAAGGCUAUAAGGGUACUCAAGAUAGAUGAAACGGAGCCGUGCAACUUUACCAAAGCGAGCUUUCACUCGAACAAGGCUGUUGCGCGCGCAGAUCUGAGAAUUCUCCCUUCUGCACUUCAAUUCGAACCGACCGAUGGCGGGCUUCUUCUUGCAGGCUUCGGUGCCAACCUGAAGGAUACAGGCUUUGAUAUGACUGGCGAUCUCUGCUUGUGGGAUGUCGAAACGCAGACCCCAUACAAUAUUCACGGCUCUAACAGGAAUGUUUUCGACGUCACUUUCAACCCAAACCGCUCUACCAUGUUUGCUGCCGGAUGUGUAGCAGUAGGCUCCACUGUCAACCGCGGUAUUCGCUCAACGGUCCGCCUCUACGAUGUAAGAGACGACAGCAAGUUCACCUGUCCCUUGGAGUUUGAGUGCAAGGCUCUGGAUAUGAACGAUGUAAUUUGGUGUCCACAUGACGAGCGGCUGAUCGCAGCUGGCUGUACAGACGGAAAGGUCUAUGUCUGGGAUGCGCGUUGGCCAGAUGAUCCUCUGCGCGUCCUCUCUCACGGUAGCUCCCUAAUGCCUCUCCAAGAGGGAAUCAAGCAUGAGAUUACAGACACCGGGAUACGGUUCUUGUCAUGGGGCGAGAAUGCCACUCGGCUUUAUUCAGGUUCAUCCGACGGUGUGGUCAAGGUCUGGGACGUCACGCGCGCAGAACAGAACACAUUCAUCAAGGACUUAAUUACCACAGAUUCCGGUAUCAUGUCUGCGGCUUUUAGUCCAGACUAUAGCAAGCUUGUCGUUGGAGAAGUCAAUGGCUCAGUCAACGUGCUUGAAGUUGGCAGAGAUGACACCACAUUCAAGGACGCAAACAGACUACGGUAUAUGCCUUAUCAAGACGAUGAGAAAGACGAUAUCCAGGACGAGGAUGGCGACAUCACUCGUCUAGCACCGGAUUCUGGUAUCACUGAAGGCAACUAUCUAUUACAGACGCAGCAGCUACAAGUUACGCCUAUGGGACGUCUACCAAUUCAACAAGUCGUUCAAGGUGUGAACUACGAUGGUCCAUUUGAUGAGGGUAUCGAUGCGCCAUUCCUCCGCGAGCAAGCACUGCAGUUCCAGCUCGGUCUUACAACGUCGCGAGGCCCCCAAUGUGACAUCCCUGCCUGCAAGGACAACCUCAACAAAGUCACGAGCGAGGACGUUGGCGAUUCGGGACGAAGCGCAGACCGUAUCCCAGAUGAACUGCGUCGACAAUGGAAGGCUAUCGACACUAAAGGCGCCAUUAUACCCGGCAAAUCGAAGUGCACGUACUGUGCCCGUCCGGCCCGCCCGUCUACGACAGACAACAGCGACGUUGUCCUGUGUGAGCGCUGCUCGUUUGCUUGCUUCCGCUGCGGCUCCGUCAACCCUAUCGCUCCGGCCACUACAACGCUCAUUUGCGACUCCUGCCCUGGUGUCUGGGAUAUUGGCGUCCUCGGAUACGAGUGCGUUCAGCAGCCAUAUGCUCACAACAGGCGCAUGCAGUUGGAUGUUCCAGCGUUGGAGAGGUGGGGCGAAGAAGCUCAUGCAGAUAGGCAGGAUGACUUCGAUACGGACCACGGCGACGAGAUGAACGCGCUGACCGAUUACUACCUCUCUUUGGCUAUUGAUCGGCCGGAGAGUCCGCCGUUGUAG